GACGAGUGGACCACAUCCUUGCAGGACAAGAUUCGUCAACUCGACGUGGCCUUGUCGCAAACCUCGCGGAGUGCGCGAUUGCCCCACGUCGUACUCAACACCCACGAAGUUUUGGUGCAGGCCGCCAGCCGCAAAACCGGCGACAAGAUGGAUCUGGAAGCACUCGGUUUGGCCAACUAUUUGCAGGAUGACGAGUUUCUCAACAGCUUGCAAGCGACCGUCAACGGAUGGAUUGUACAAAUUCGCAAGAUUACGACACUGCCCAAGUCGACCCCCUUUUUGCCGGACGCAGCUGCCGAAGAACUCACGUUCUGGACCCAGCUGCAGGCCGAACUCUUGCAUAUUCAAACGGAGCUUUCUUCCGCCCCGGUAGAACUUACGGUUGCACUCUUGCGCGAAGCCAAGCGAUUCGUGGUGGUACUGGCAUUGGAGAACAACUCUGGACUGGAACAGGCUUUAUCCUACACGCAAGAUGUGGCCCACUUUAUCAAGCCCUAUCCCUUGCCGUCGCUGCAAGCGGCCCGCAGUGUGGAAGGCGUCGUCGAAGCGGUGCAGAGUCUUUUUGAUCAUUACGGCAAGUUGCGCCAGUCGCGUUUCUACGGCUUGCCCCGAGCGAUUGAAUUACUCCAGGCGACUACGUUAGUCUUACGGGACACGCUAUUGGCCAUUUUGCAGGAGCAGUUUUCGAAUCUGCUCUUUAUGGAUUAUAAAGAGUAUGAAAGCAAAGUGAGAUUUUCGUUCCUCGAUGUUUUCGUUCAAUUUGACGAUCGUUUCGAGGAAUGGAAGGACUUUAUCCUCGAGCAAGGACGUCGCCGCAAAGUGACGGGGUUGAACAAGUUAAUUGAAGGUAUGUCAAUCCACCACUUGCAGCUUAAAGACCGGCUGGAGACCAUUCAUCAAUUCCGUUCAUCCCAAGAGCGUUUGCGUGACGUCGUCCACAAGGUUUUGCGGGAAGAAGAGCCAGCAGCUAUGCAGCAAGUUGAGUCAGUCCCGCGUCAGAUCUUUGCCUCGCUCAAUGUCUUGGACUUGACGCCUAGCGGGACCAAGGCACUGGAAAGUGCUUUAGAAGAAUACGAUUUACAAAUGGAUGCCAUGGAAGAGCGUCUAGCAAAGUUGUUGCGGGACAAAUUGACGGCCUGUCAAGACGCGGAAGAUAUGUUUCGGGUCUUUGCUCGCUUUAAUUUGCUCCUGACUCGAAGACGUGUACGCGCGUCUGUCAAGGAAUUCCAAAUCCAGCUGAUUGCGACCGUUGCCCUGGCUGUUGAAAAGCUACAGUCCAAAUUUACUCUCAAAUACGAGUCAUCCGCAGCCGCCCGCAUUUCUCGACUUCGAGGCAUUCCACCCGUGGCUGGUAAAAUUCUUUGGGCGAAGCAAAUGGAACGCCAAGUUCAAACUCUGAUGGAGCGAAUGGGUGAUGUAUUAGGCCCUGAUUGGGGGCAACAACUGGAAGGACGCCAGCUCCGCAAGAGUGGCGAUGAGCUCUUGUCCAAAUUGGACGCCCGUUCCUUUUUUCAUGGCUGGGUGACGGAAUGGGAGAAGGGUUUAUCAUCAGCGGCCGCAUCCAAGAUGAACUCGUACCCAAUUAUAGUGGAACCAGAAGGCCGGGACGGUGUUUUGACUGCUAAAGUCAAUUUUGACGAAAAGAGUGAGCUCUUGUUCAAAGAAAUUCGUCAUCUGAAAUGGCUGGGAUUCGGCAAGGAAAUUCCGCGGACUUUGAGUAUGGUCUCGGACGAGGCCAUGUCUCGAUAUCCGUACGCAAUAGCGGUAAAAACCGCUCUACGUUCGUACAAAUCAGUGCGUAUCCUGGUCACUCCGGAGUUGGAACGGUUGGUAAUGCCACAAUUGCUCGAAAUUCGGGAAACUAUCUCGGAGGCCUUUGAUGUCAAGUUGUCCAAUUCUAAGGUAGCCAAGAAGCGUCGCGUACGCUGGGAGGGUAAGGAAAUAUCGGAAUGGGUGGCUCAGUUGACUACAUCUAUCUCCAAAUUUGAAGAUCGUGUAGAGCAAUUGCUUCGAGCUUGUGACAAGGUGGACAUUGCAUUAAAUUUACUGGAAGAGGUUGAUUACAACACUGACAAGUUUCGUGCAGUGUUAGCGAGCAUACAAAAGACGAUAGAUGACAUGUCUUUGAGUGGAUACAACGAUUUGGAUUCUUGGGUUCGGGUGAUUUCGUCCGAGAUGGGCAAGGUACUCUCCAAGCGACUGGAAUUUGCCUUGAAGGGAUGGAACCAGACGUUGCAGGUGACAAAAGAGAGCAACAAUGAAGACCAUGUGGAGCUGAUCGAGACAGCUGUUGUCGAAGAUAUUCCUUUUCCUGAAUCGAUUACCACCAAGGUUUCUCUGGAGAUUGUCCUCCGCAACCAGGAAAUCUCUGCUGUGCCAGCGCUACCAAUGGCUCGAGCCAUGUUCUUGAACAAGCUACAUGAGUACUUUUCUGUGGUUUGUAGCUUGCCGCGACCGAAAAGUGGUCGCUACGAGGUCUUCGACAGCGUCGCUGUCAAGAAUUCUCAAACGUCCACUGGUUUGGAGGAGACUUUCGACAACUUGGUCUACCUUCUUCCGCCUAAACUUGUUGCGGAUGCUUACGGAGCAAUCGAGGCUCACAUUAGGCAAGCAUCUGCGUUUGUAGAAAGCUGGCUGGCGUAUCAAACUUUGUGGGAUACCCAAGUAUCGGAUGUGGCAUCCUCUGUGGGGUCGGACAUUGAAAAAUGGCAAGCUCUCCUCUUAGAGGCUUCCGAAGCACGCGCAACCUUGGAUACAUCGGCGACAGUUGCAGAAUUUGGACCAAUCCUCGUCGAUUACGGAAAAGUGCAAUCGCAAAUCAAUCUAAAAUACGAUUCUUGGCAAAAAGAGCUCCAGUCAAACUUCGCAUCGAUUCUUGCGCAGCGUAUUUCUGAAACUCGCGAAAAGAUUGAUGGCGCCAAGACCAGAUUGGAAGAAACAACGCUUACCAAUGCAUCCACUGAAAGCAUCGUGCUAGGUGUCACCUUCAUUCAAGAAAUUAAUCAGAAGUCUCAGCUUUGGCGGAAAGAUGUGGACAUCUUACAUUCCUGCGAGCGGCUUCUCAAGCGUCAACGGUAUGCAUUUCACAGUGAGUGGGUCGAGACCACUGUGGUAAAAGGUCUUUAUGAUAGUCUCCUUCAAAUUCUCGAGCGCCGAACACGCACAAUGGAACAGCAGGUCCCGUUGCUUCAAACUCGGGUGUCCGCUGAAGACAAAAAAUCUACGAAGGAGCUUGCCGGAUUGAUUGGGACCUGGAACCAGGACAAGCCUCUACGUGGUAAUGUGACACCUCCGCAGGCUAUCGAAGUCCUCUCAAAGUUUGAAAUCAAUUUGACCAAGGCCCAUGUUCAUCAGGAGAAUCUUGGACGAGCGAAGGAUGCCCUUGGUUUGGAACAUACGACUGAGAGCCAUGAGGUCGUUGAAAGUCUCAAAGAGUUGACAGACCUGAAAGAAGUAUGGGAUGCAAUGAUGGAACCUUAUCGCUCACUCGAAGAAAUUAAGGAUACGCUAUGGUCGACAGCUGUCAUGCGAAAAAUUCGCCGUGCGCUAGAUGAUAUACUCGCAUCCAUGAGAUCACUUCCGAAUCGAAUACGUCAGUACGACGCCUAUACCCAGCUCCACGCAGUAGUCAAAGGCUACAUCGAGGGGCAUAGUCUUUUGUCUGAUUUGAAAAGCGAAGCGUUAAAGGAGAGACACUGGAAGACGAUUUUUCAACGCCUUGGUAUUCGAGUUCCCUUUAUAGACUUGACUGUCGGUAUACUGUGGGAAAAUGGUAUUCUGACCCGAAAGAAAGAUGUCAGCGAGAUCUUGACCGUGGCACAAGGUGAAAUGGCACUGGAAGUCUUCCUUAGCGAAGUGCGCGACCGUUGGCUUAAGCAGGAACUUGAACUUGUCUUGUUUCAGAACCGUACUCGAUUGAUACGAGGCUGGGAUGACCUUUUCGCAACUUUGGACGAUCACAUCGGGGGCCUUGCGUUGAUGAAAAGCUCUCCAUAUUAUAGAGCAGUCCGUGAAUUUCAGGAAGAGGGAAAGCUCUGGGAGGAUCGGCUGACUCAGCUGCGCGCUGCCUUCGAUGCAUGGGUGGAUGUUCAACGUCGAUGGGUCUAUCUUGAAGGAAUUCUCUUUGGAAGCUCUGAUAUCAAAGCGCAGCUUCCUGCCGAGUGGUCUCGGUUCAAGAGCGUUGAUUCUGAAUUUGUGUCUCUGAUGCGUCGAAUCGUAAGCAAACCAUUCGCCAUGGAAGUUCUUAACAUUGACAAUUUACAGCGAACUCUUGAAAGGCUUGGCAAUCUCAUGACCGUCAUUCAAAAGGCUUUAGGCGAAUACUUGGCUAAACAGCGUAGCGAUUUCAGUCGCUUCUAUUUCCUUGGAGACGACGAUUUGCUGGAGAUCAUGGGAAAUUCAGGCGAGCCCGGUAAAGUACUCGCGCAUAUUGGCAAAAUGUUUGCUGGUAUAGUCGGUGCCCGUCGCGCUUCUGGUGAUGUGCCGGAAAAUGUAAAGACGCGUUUUGACGCUAUGGUCAGCAAAGACGGCGAAAUAGUUGAGUUGCACAAACCAAUCGAUAUCACUGCAGAAACGACGGUGAAGGGUUGGUUGAAGGAACUUGAAAUUAGUAUGCAGACAACAUUGGCUUUGCUACUGCAACAGGCUGUCGGAGAAGAUGUCUACUCGACAAGUGCUCAGCUAGACGAAGAUACAGAAGUCAGCUUCGUAGGGUGGUCGACGAAAUUUCCAGCGCAAGUCAUGAUUCUUGCUGCACAAAUAAAUUGGAGUAUGGGUGUCGACAGUGCUCUUGGUACUACCGAGCCGAAUGCUGCUCUAGCUGAUGUUCUGCGUGUACUGGAGUGGAAGCUUGAAGUGAUGGCCAAUACCGUAUUGGAGGAACUGCCCGCCGAUUCUCGUAAGAAGUUUGAGCAACUCAUUACCGAGCUUGUUCGACAAAGAGAUGUCGUUCGUCAGCUUAUGAAGGACAGCGUCUCCGACCCUAUGGAUUUCCGUUGGUUGUAUCAUCUCCGAUACAAUUAUGACCCCAAAGCGGAGAAAGUGACCGAGAAGCUAUCUGUCUCGCUCUCGAACGCAAAAUUCUACUAUGGGUUUGAGUAUCUUGGUAUCGGAGAGCGACUAGUCCAAACGCCUUUGACAGACAAGUGCUACCUUACACUAACUCAAGCACUGCACUUUCGGAUGGGUGGUAGCCCGUUCGGACCUGCUGGGACUGGAAAGACGGAGAGCGUCAAAGCUUUGGGUGCUGCACUUGGACGGUUCGUUCUCGUUUUCAAUUGCGAUGAGACGUUUGACUUUAGCGCGAUGGGUCGUCUCCUUGCGGGGCUUUCUCAGGUCGGGGCGUGGGGGUGUUUCGACGAGUUCAAUCGCCUCGAAGAAAGAAUUCUGAGUGCUGUAAGCCAACAGAUUUUGACAAUUCAGCGUGGCCUUCUCGAACGGAAAAGUCAGAUCGAGCUACUCGGUCGACCAGUGAGUCUACACAAUAAUGUUGGCAUUUUUAUCACAAUGAAUCCCGGCUAUGAAGGACGUAGUAAUCUUCCCGAUAAUUUGAAGAACCUCUUCCGAUCGUUUGCUAUGGUUGUUCCGGAUCGAAAACUGAUUGCACAGGUCAUGCUCUAUAGCCAAGGCAUUGUCACUGCAGAACAUCUCGCCGGAAAGAUAGUCGACCUCUUUAUGCUUUGCGAUUGCCGUCUGUCAAAACAGCGCCACUACGAUUUCGGUCUUCGCGCUUUGAAGACUUUAUUAGUAAGCGCUGGAGCAUUGAAACGACAGGCCAUCGAAGGCAGGAAUCUUCACGGCGAGGACCUAGCACUUGCGGAGAAAAAUGCCUUAAUCGUUGGUGCAUGUAACAAUGUUCUCCCUAAGCUUGUUGCUGAAGACAUGGUAGUCUUCAAAGAAGUCCUCGAAAGCACUUUCCCAGGGUCCGAUGUUGCCAAAAUGGAAGACACAAAGGCGAGAGAGGAGAUUGUCUCCGUUUGCAAAAGAAGCUGUUUUGUACCCGGUGAAGGCUUUCUACAGAAAAUCCUCCAAUUGAAACAGGUCAUUGAGAUGCGCCAUGGAGUGAUGGUCGUCGGUCCAGUUGGUGUCGGAAAAUCCACCGCACUUAAGGUCCUUUUGGAAGUGUUGGAAAAGCUUGAUGGGACGAAAGGAGAAAUGAGCAUUAUUGAUCCGAAAGCCAUUAGCAAAGAGCGUCUUUACGGGUCGCUGGAUGGGACAACGUUAGAGUGGACAGAUGGGGUAUUUACAAGUUUGUUGAGACGUAUCGUCGACAAUCAAAAGGGCGAAUCAGAUCGUCGCCAUUGGAUUGUCUUCGACGGUGACGUUGAUCCUAAUUGGGUCGAGAAUCUUAAUUCAGUUCUCGACGACAAUAAAAUGCUAACUUUACCCUCAGGUGAAAGGCUGAGUAUUCCUGACAACGUACGCAUUAUCCUGGAAGUUGACAGUCUAGCGCAUGCCACCCCUGCGACGGUUUCACGGUGUGGGAUGGUCUGGUUCAGUGAUGACAAUGUCACGAACGAAAUGUCGCUUCAGCAUAUGCUUCAACGACUGGCAACAGAGGAUUUGAUGGGCGACAGAGUAGCUGGACAGCAAGUUCCAUCAGCGCAAAUUGAGUUCCUAAACGAAAUCACGGGCCAAGUUAUAUCCGAGAGAACUUCGUCACUGGUGAUCGAUGCCCUCGAAUUUGCCCUGAAGCAACGCCACAUAAUGGAACCCACCAGUGAUCGACUUUUGCAUACUUUCCGGGCAUUGUUGAUUCAGGGGAUAGUACUCGCAAUCGAGUACGACGAGAAUCAUCCUGAUUUCCCAAUAACGGGGGAGCAUAUGGAAAAGUUUGCCAAGCGGUGGUUACUACACUCACUUAUGUGGUCUUUUUGUGGAAGCGCCUCUUGGGACGUGCGAAAGAGUUUUAGCGACAUGCUUCUCCGUACUAGCGGUAUCAUCAUCCCGUUCGGAACAGACAACACUCUCUACGACUAUAGGGUCAGAGUUGACGAUGGAGAAUAUGAACUUUGGAGCGAUAAUGUGCCUCGGAUGGAGAUUGAGAGCCAUCGUGCAGCCGCGAGUGAUGUCGUCAUUACGACGACAGACACGGUUCGACAUUCUGAUGUGCUUGGUGCUUGGCUAACGCGUCGCAUUCCUCUUAUUCUGUGCGGUCCACCUGGCUCGGGUAAGACAAUGACACUGGUAAACGUCCUGCAAUCAAUACAAGGCGUGAUCCUUGCCAACUUGAACUUUUCAUCGAGAACGACUCCAGAGAUCAUUCUAAAGACAUUCUCACAGUACUGCUCCUAUGUUCGUCGAGGAAAGGACAUUUUUCUCGAACCAGGCGAAAGCUUCGGUGCUACCAGCUGGCUGGUCGUAUUUGCAGACGAAGUCAAUCUACCGGAGGAGGAUAAUUACGGGACGCAACGAGUUAUCAUGUUCAUGCGUCAGCUCGUUGAGCAUGGAGGAUUUUGGAGGAACGAUAAUGUUUGGGUAAAAACUAACAGAAUCCAGUUCGUGGGUGCCUGCAACCCUCCAACAGAUGCUGGUAGAGUUGAAAUGUCGCGUAGAUUCAUGAGACACGUUCCAUUACUUCUAGUGGACUUUCCAGCAAAGGACUCGUUAAUGCAAAUCUACCGGACGUUUAACGGGGGAAUGAUGAAGCUCUUCCCAAACCUCAAGGGCGAAACAGAGGCAAUGACCGAGGCAAUGGUGGAGCUGUAUACGGAAAACCAGAGAAAGUUUACUCCGGCUAUGCAGCCUCAAUAUUUUUAUUCCCCUCGGGAACUGAGCAGAUGGGUCAGAGCAAUCUACGAAUCUGUCGUCAAUAGUGACCAGGGUUUAACACGGGAGGAGCUUGUUCGAGUGUGGACCCAUGAAGGAUUGCGACUUUUCGCGGACCGACUAGUAGAUGUCGAAGACAAAGAGUGGUGCAGCAGCAAGCUUGAUGAAGUUGCGCGAAAGUGGUUUGCUGGAGUAGAUUUUGAAAUUGCGCUUGCCCGUCCCAUGUUUUAUACUACUUGGCUCAGUAAGGAUACACGCCGCGUUGAACGCGGCGAACUCAAGGACUUUUUGAGUGCUAGACUCCGUGUCUUUUACGAAGAAGAGCUCGAUGUGCCUCUUGUUGUUUUUGAUGAGGUGUUAGAGCAUGUUCUAAGAAUCGACCGUGUCUUGCGCCAGCCAAUGGGUCACCUUCUCCUUGUGGGCGACUCAGGUGCAGGAAAGACAGUGCUUUCGAAGUUUGUUUCUUGGAUGAACGGUCUCAGUAUAUUCCAGAUUAAGGCCCAUUCUCGCUAUGGGAUGGAAGAUUUCAAUGAAGAUUUACGAGGUGUCAUGAGACGCGUCGGCGUAGACGGCGAGAGGGUUUGCUUCAUUUUUGACGAAUCGAACGUGCUGUCAUCCGGUUUUAUAGAGGCGAUUAAUGCCCUCCUGGCUAGCGGUGAAAUCCCAGGGCUUUUCGAUGGUGAUGAUUACACUGCACUCAUGAGUGCCGUCCGCGACACUGCCGCCCGGGAUGGCGUGAUUCUAGAUAGCGACGAAGAAUUGUGGCGCCAUUUCACAAGCAUUGUGCAACGCAACCUACACGUUGUCUUUACGGUGAAUCCAAGUGGUGGAGAUUGGAAAAACCGCUCGACUACUAGUCCCGCUUUGUUCAAUCGUUGCGUCGUAGAUUGGUUUGGCACAUGGGGCAGCAAAGCGAUGGGCGAAGUCGGCAGAGAAUUCACUACGCGACUUGAUAUGGGCGAUUCGGAAACGGAAGGAGGUGCGUGGGGUAUUGGCGAAGGUGAAGAGCUAAUGAAGCGUGUCGAAGAUGCUUUCGACGAUAAUUCUACCGGGGGGCUUCGUCAGGCAGUUGUUGCUGCUCUCGUGAAUAUGCAUCAGAUUGCUAGGGAGAUGGCAGAAGAAAUCGCCUCAUCGCCCAGCAGCAUAACUCGCACCUUUCUUUCCCCUCGAGACUACCUCGCCUUGAUUCAGAAUUUCGUGUCUUGUUUCAACGAAAGACGCGAGAAAGUUGAGGACGAGCAACUGCACGUGAAUGCUGGUCUCAGCAAGUUGAAACAAACGCAAGAGAAUGUUGCUGAGCUAAAACAAGGACUAGGCACCAAAACCGCAGAGCUUCGAAAGAAAGAGACUCUGGCCAACGAGAAACUGCAGCAGAUGGUUGCCGACCAAAAUAUUGCCGAAAAGCGGAAGGAGGAAGCUGAAAGAAUGAGUGUCGAAGUCGAAAAGCAGCAGAAGCAAAUCAAUGAACGCAAGGAUCGAGCUCAAAAGGAUCUUGAUGAAGCUGAGCCUGCUCUACGUAGCGCGCAAGCAAGUGUACGUGGCAUAAAGAAACGGGAUCUAGAUGAGAUCCGAAAUUUAUCCCGACCUCCAAAUAACGUCAAGCUUACUUUGGAAUGCGUGGCGAUCAUGUUAGGAGAAACCAGCGUUGACUGGACCGACGUCCGAAAACUGCUUGCUAAGGCCGAUUUCAUUCCGAGUAUUCUCAACUUCGAUGUUGACAAUUUGUCCGCGAAACAAAUCAAGUUGGUUAAGGAAAAAUACCUAGACGGGAAUUCUGAACUCAACGAGGAAAGUGUGUUGCGAAGUAGCAAGGCGUGCGGACCAUUGUACAAAUGGGCGGAGUCGCAAAUAAAGUACAGCACUAUUUAUAACAAUAUCCAACCUCUACGAGAAGAGGUCGCUCAGCUUGAAGAGGAAGCUGAUAUCAUCAAAACUGAAAAGUACAAGAUCGAAGACGAGGUCAAGGAACUAGAAGCUUCGAUCGCAAGUUAUAAGGCCGACUACGCAAGCCUCAUUCGCGACGUGGAGGCUCUUAAGUCCGAGAUGGAAGCCGUCACAAUGAAGAUUGAUCGAGCGGAAAGCCUGAUGACAAGCUUGAGUCACGAAAGCGAACGAUGGUCAAAGAGCUCGGAAACUUUUCAAACGAUCAUGCGAAGCCUUGUAGGUGACGGGCUUUUGAUGGCAGCUACACUCACGUACCAAGGAUUCUUUGACUUUAAAGUCCGCUCCAUGAUGAUGUCGCGGUGGAAGAAGAGUUUGGAAUGUCUCGACAUUGAGUUCCGCGAGGAACUUGGUAUUGUUGAAUCUUUGAGCACGGGAGCCCAGCGUUUGACGUGGCAGGCACAAGGCUUGCCAGGUGACCAGCUUAGUCUUGAAAAUGGUGUUAUUUUGGAUCACGGAAUCCGUUUUCCCUUGGUCAUAGAUCCCUCGGGGAAUGCAAUUGACUUUUUGAUGAACAAACAUAAGGACGAGAAAAUCCAAACAACUAGCUUCUUGGACAAAUCAUUCACGAAAACGUUGGCUGGAGCUGUUCGUUUUGGAACUACGCUUCUAGUCGAGAACGUAGAAAGAAUUGAUCCUAUUUUGAAUCCUAUUCUCAACAAGGAAAUCCAGCGAACCGGUGGACGUACUCUCGUCCGCAUUGGCACGGAAGAGGUGGAUUACAGCCCACAGUUCAAAAUUAUUUUAAGUACAAAGAAUCCGGGUGUGCAGCUAACGCCUGAUCUUUGCUCUCGCGUGACACUGGUGAACUUUACUGUAACUCCAGACAGUCUUCAAAGUCAAAGUUUAAGACAUCUUGUGAAAUCCCUUAAACCUGAACUGGAAGAGCAGCGAGCGACGUUGCUGAAACUCCAGAGUGAACAAAAUGUCAAGCUCCGCGAACUCGAGGACCAAAUGCUUGCCAAGAUCAGCGCCUGUGAAGGCAGUAUUUUGGACGACGACCGUGUGGUCGAGGGUAUGGAAAUUCUCAUGAAAGAAGGCUCUCAGGUCGAGGAACAAAUUUCUCACAGUGCCGAAGUCAUGAAACAAGUGCAUCAGGCUGUGGCGCGCUUCGAGCCCUUUGCGGCUGUCUGUCGAAAAAUGUUUGUUUUGUUGGAGGCCUUGCGCGAACUGAGUUUUCUAUACGAGUUCCCGGCGAAGGCGUUCAUGACGAUUUUAGAACACAUUCUCGAACACGAGAGUGCAUCGAGAGAGGCCGACGAAGCUGCUCGGAUUGGAGCUCUAAAGAUGGCUCUUUUUCGGGAAACUGCUGCUCGCAUUGGCCGAAGUCUGCAAGUAGACGACAAACUUGUUUUUUCCAUUUUGUUGGCUCGGUUUUAUCAAAACGAUGAAACCAUGGGCUCCGCUCAGUCUGAAUCGUCCGAAGACUUGAUUGCCGUCAUCACUGGUGUUUUCGGUGAAGACUUUCCUUGGCAAGGUCGCGCACUGAACGAUCUCAACGAGGUGACGGAAUCGGAGAUUAACUCAACGGUACCUCUGUUACUGUGCAGUGCUCCAGGCCACGACGUGAGUGGCCGAGUCGAAGCCAUGGCCCGUGAUUUAGGCAAGGAGCUGUUCAGUGUCGCCAUGGGAAGUACGGAGGGCUACGCAACAGCCGAAAGUAUGGUGGCAAUGGCGUCGAAACGCGGCACUUGGGUGAUGCUGAAGAACGUACAUCUUUGUAUUGAAUGGUUGCGUGAUUCAUUCGUCAAACGACUACAGACCCUCGGUUCCCAAACCCACAAGGACUUUCGAAUUUUCAUUACUAGCGAAAUGAACGAUCGGUUGCCUGCCGCCUUGUUGCAAAUUUCGGAUUUGAUGGUGGCCGAAGCACCAACAGGCGUCAAGGCGUCGCUGACGAGGUUCUUUUCCAGUCUUUCGAAAGACCGUCUGGGCUCGUCGAGCAUGAUUCACAAUCGCAUGUACUUGUUGUUGGGGUGGACGCACGCCGUCAUCCAGGAGCGAUUGCGGUACGUGCCCAACGGAUGGACGGAAAGGUACGAGUUCACCGAAGCCGAUGCGUGGCAUGGUCUGGACGUGAUUGACUCGUUGGUAUCCACGUCCGGUUCAUUGGACGAGAGCAACAACCGCACACCUUCGGAUCCCGAACAUCUUCCCUGGGACGCGAUUCGUUCCACUUUGUGCAAGGGUGUCUUUGGUGGACGCGUAACUUCGGAGGUGGACCAACGGGUGCUGGACGAGUUGGUGCACGCUGUUUUUGUGCCGGCGUCUUUCAACGUGGACUUUCGCUUGGUCGAGGGAUCGACGACCAGUCCGACCCUACCGGACGGGAGCCGUCGGGAGGACAUUUUGUCUUGGAUUGCGUCGUUGCCGACCCACACUCCGCCCGCCUGGAUCGGGCUGGAUCGUUCCGCCGAAGAAGAACGGGAACAGCGUGUGGUCCAGUCGGUCCAAGACAAGGUGAGCAAGAUGCAGGUCCAGUGCGAGAGUGACAAGGAAUAAGAGAACAAAAAAAAACGAACAGUAAACGAUCCACCUACGCCGUA